GUCGUGGUACAUCGUUAUGUAGAGAAGAGGUUAGGUAUUGUAGUGUUUGAUGGCGCCGGUUCUUGGCUCUUGUGAAGACUGGUUAUCAUACUCAUCAUAUGUGUAUAAACAUUUAUGCACAUACAUGAAGAUUUAUAUUGAUGCAAUUUCAAGAUCAAGGUGAACCAAUCUUCACACACGUUUAUAAAUAAGGGAAAUUUAAUUAAAAUUUAAAAAUGUGGUAUAUUACAUGUCGCUUCUGCAAGCAGACGCUAAAAAACAAUGUGAAAACAGUCAAUAGGACAGUCUCAGUGGCCACCAAUGUUAAUAAGAGCAACGAGCUGGUGCUCCAGGGUCAGAAAUAUGUAACAGACGACUGGACGAACAUCACGCCGAGCAUUAUUGCUAAAUUGGGAAGAAAUCUGCAUAUUCAGCAAUACCAUCCGCUCUCGCUUUUACGUCAACGCAUCGUCAAUUACUUUUAUGGACAGUUCCGCAGUAAAAGCGGAACCCCGUCAUUCAGUAUCUACGAUAAUAUAUGUCCAAUAGUCACGGUUGCACAAAACUUUGAUUCCCUUUUAGUACCGAAGGAUCACCCAAGUAGAAAGAAAACUGAUUGUUAUUUUGUAAAUCAAGAUACGUUGCUCAGAGCGCACACUCCGCGCAUCAAGCAGAAUACCGCGCAUCAAGCAGAAUUGAUCUCGAUGGGUUUGAAUAAUUUUCUUGUUAUUGGGGAUGUGUACCGACGUGACGAGAUUGAUAGUACGCACUAUCCGAUCUUUCACCAAGUUGACGCGGUCAGAUUGCGUACGUCGCAAGAAAUAUUUCACAAUGUGAACGAUUCUGAAAGUCUGAAGUUGUUCGAGCACAGAGGAACCGAGAGUGUCGAGAAACAGGCUUGUCAUAGUUUAGAAGCGGUAAAAGUGAUGGAGCAGGAACUGAAAAGUACCCUGAUUAGUUUAGCACAAGCUAUUUUUGGGAAAGAUGUGCAAUGCCGAUGGGUUGAGCAAUACUUUCCAUUCACUCAUCCGUCGUGGGAGCUAGAAAUAUUGUACAACGACAAUUGGCUUGAAAUAGUAGGCUGCGGUAUUAUGCGCCAAGAAAUUGUACAGAAAUCCGGUGCCGUGGAUCGAAUCUCCGGUGCCGUGGAUCGAAUCGGAUGGGCGUUCGGACUCGGCUUGGAACGUCUGGCCAUGCGCCUGUAUAAUAUUCCAGAUAUAAGAUUAUUCUGGAGCAACGAUGCAGGUUUUCUACAUCAAUUCAAAGUAGACGAUUUUAAUGCGCGUAUCCAAUACAAGCCCGUCAGUGUAUAUCCAUCUUGCACCAAUGACUUAAGUUUCUGGUUGCCAGAAGAUGGAAGUUAUUCUUCUUACGACUUCUACGAUAUAGUUAGAGAAAUAGGUGGUGAUACUAUUGAGCAGAUUUCAUUGAAAGACGAAUUCACCCAUCCAAAAACUAAAAAAACAUCUCAUUGCUACAACAUAGUGUAUAGACACAUGGAACGCACAUUGACUAAGAGGGAAGUCAAUAAAAUUCAUGAUCAAAUAAGUAAAACGACAGUUGCUAAACUUAAUGUAAUUAUCCGAUGAAUAUUUUCAUAACAAAAUGUGAUCUUUACAUAUAAGCUCAAUAAGACACCUCAAUAAAAUUGGUAUGUAAAUAUUGUAUAAACAAUGCAGAUAUCAGGAAAAGGAAUAUAUUAUUUUAUUUGCGAAUAAAUUAAUUAUAAACGCGUUACAUAGCAAAUAAUCCUCUAGGAAUAACUAUAUUACUUGCGGUACGUUUUACAUUAGAGAUAACAACGAUUACACGUUAUGUUCUACAUGCUUGCAAUAUGUACAUGAAUAUAAAACAUUAUGUAAUCUAGCAUUAUUAUUUAUUUGUGUGCUGGGAAUAUAUAAAUGAUAACAAAAAAUAUGCCUUUUGUAUAGAAAUAUUUUAAAAGAUCAAAUUAAAAAAAAAAAAAACCGUUUUUAAGUAGUUUUGGAGAAUAAUGCUUCUUAUACCAUCAGUAUUAUAACAUCGGUGCAAAAAAUGCCGGUUUAGAGUUUAGUUGGCAAAAAUCACAGUUUUAUCUCUGAUACUCAAGUUCUACCUUAAUCGAACUGUUUCUAGCCAUUUUUAAGUCAAAUGCAUUUAGUUAUCAUUAAAAUUAAGAUUAUUUAUAUCGAUCCAUGCGGAUAUGCAAAGAUUUAGAUACAUGAGAAAUACUGUUGUGCUUGCGGUUAGAGAACAUAUCUAAUUAAUAUUUCAAAAAUGAAUGACAUAGACAUAGAGCGAAUAUAUAAAUGUUGUAAUAUGUGUGCGUAUGAACACACCGAAAUGGAAGAUGCGACCUUUGGCAAUGCAUCCAGAAAUAAAUUAAUAUACAAAUAAACAAAAGAAUAUAAAGAAAAUGAAAUAUAAAAAAGUCAUGUAUUUUACCUAAAGCCAAGAUGCGUAGUAGAUAAGCUUGCAGGAAGAAUUAACAUUAUGCGGAGUCAUGAAGUUAUUUACUUAUAACAAAUUUAAUCCAAUCCAUUUUUUCUUGAAGUCAGAGUAUGUGCAGAUAUAAUACAAGAAAUUUGUUUUUAAACAAUGCCGGUUUUCAUUCUUUUGUGAUAUUUCCUGUUACAUUACUCCUCUUUGGGAUUAAUGUCAUGGAAAAUCGAUUGUUACAAAAA